AUGGCUGCCUUCGGAGAGCCACUGGAGCUUUGCACGUGUUUCAAAGAAAAAGAUUUGCUAUCUGUCGAUUCAGACGGCCUCACAGGCCAUGUUAUCAUAACAUGCAAAUCCAACUCUAUAUUUGUUUUCAAGCUAGACGAUCAGAAGGCCAUACACAGUUGGUCGGUAAGAAGGGGACUACAGAUCACUAGUCCUGCCAGGUGGACCAAUGGUGAUAGAUACAUCUCAGUCAUUAACCAGCAAAAUAUUCACAGCUGGAGUAAAGAUGACUUAAACUUUGAAAAGUCAACGAAAAAACAUGUUAAAUUCCCAAUACAUGAAAUUCUGACAACAGAAGGAUGGGAGCCGGUGGUAGUAUGUAAGGAUGGUACAGUGGACUUUGUGGACAGUAUAAAGAGCUCGCACAAGGGAAAUAACUCUGAUGCAAAACAAAGCACUAUCUUCUCUUGUGGAAUCGCAAGCACAAAUGAUGCCAUCUGUGUAACCUGUUUAUCACAGCAAAAGAGCUCUGAAUUCACAAUAACCCACCAUUGGUAUAAACGUAACACAAAGACAUGGACAGUGCUGGUCACUACAGAAACAUGUCCAGAGAAGGUCCAGUGUAUUUCCUGUCAUUGUCAAACAGCUGGAUCAACAGUCCGACUCUACUGCCUGUUGUCGAAUGGCAGUAUGGUCCUGUUUGAUCUGUCACACGAGCAGGCUGAUCCAGUGAGGCAGACAGUACAGACGAUACCAGGGAGUGGGGCGCUCAGCAACCUUCACUCUCCUGGACACACAUCAUGUGGCUGUGGCCGGGACCACACAGGGACAAAAAGGAAUAUCUCAACCUGA